AUGAAGUUGUUCAAUCCAAUCUUGGGUCUUGCAGCUGUAUGGCUUUUAAACACGGCCCCCACCAUCAUCGUAUCCGCUGCGGAUGACAAGCAACAACAACAACAACAACCCAAAUACGAUCCUACUCAAUUGGUGGAUAUUGUGCCAGGCCGUUUCAUUGUCGAAUACGCUGAACCCAAUGUGCAAGCAACGAGCAAGAAGCUAUUGGAUUUGCUGCAUGGGAAGUUUGACAGCACCAACGUGUCGGUGUCACAAUCGUACGAUCAUCCAUUGAUGCGUGGUGUCACACUCCGAAUUGAUAGCACCAAAAAAAAGGAUGAUGACGAUGACGAUGACGAUGAGAAUGUGGUCGAAUCCAUGUCAACACCCAACGAUGACAUCGUCAAAGAAGUCAUUGAAAUGCUUGAAAAACAAUCCAUGGUAUCCACCGUGUACCCUGUACGCCUCGUACGUCGUCCUGAAUUGGUGCCCAAGCCUAUGAGUGAAUUGGAUCGCCGUGAUGCUAUCAAUAUGAAUGCCAUGCAACCUCAUGCAAUGUCCCAAGUUGAAAGAGUACACCGCGAGCUCAAGAAUACUGGCAAAGGAAUGGUCGUUGGUAUCAUUGAUUCAGGUAUCGAUUAUCGUCAUCCUGCUCUUGGCAACUGCUUUGGAAAAGGCUGCAAGGUGGCAAUGGGAUACGACUUGGUGGGAAACGCCUAUGAUGCCAGGAAUCCUGGUAGCAGACCUCAACCAGGCCCCGAUCCCAUGGAUAGCUGUGGACGAGGCAGCGGUGCCAAUGGUCAUGGCACCCAUGUUGCCGGCAUUGUUGCUGGGAAAUCAGAGAAUUUCAAAGGCGUUGCUCCUGAUGCGACAUUGGGCAUGUGGCGAGUUUUCGGUUGCCAAGGGUUGACCUCCAACGACGUCAUUAUUCAGGCUAUGCUGGAUGCCUACGAGGCUGGUGUCGAUGUCAUUUCAAUGAGUCUUGGCUUUGGUAGCGGUUGGCCGUCGUCACCAGACGCCGUCGUGGCACAACGUAUUACUGCAAAAGGCAUUCCAGUCAUUGCUGCUGCUGGUAAUGAAGGAGAACAAGGUGCAAUGACAUUGGGUGCUCCUAGCGUUGGUCAUGGCGUUGUUUCCGUUGCAUCCAUGGAUACAGAAAGUGCAAGAGUCUCUGUUUUCUCUAGCAUUGGCCCAUCCAGUGAGAUUGAUUUCAAGCCUGAUAUUGCUGGUUUCGGUGGCAACGUCUAUUCAACUCUACCCAGUUACCUUGGCGGAUAUGGUUUGAUGAGUGGUACUUCAAUGGCAACUCCUUACGUUGCUGGUGCUGUUGCUUUGUAUCUCAAGCAAGCUGAAAAGAAUCAACACAUGGUCACCGAUCCCAAGUUUAUCACCGAGCAAUUCCAAAACUAUGCUUACAAGGCACCCAAUUCGCAUGCCAAUGGUAUUGAUUCACCCCUUGCACAAGGUGCUGGUCUUAUCCAAGUUUAUGAUACGAUUAUGCAAAAUGUCCACAUUACCCCUGGCGCCCUUUCAUUCAAUGACACUGCCAACAUUGUGAGGACCCAGCAAUUGAAGAUCCGCAACACGGGCGACUCAACGGUCUCAUAUCAAAUCACCAACAAUGCAAGCGUGGCCAUUCAACCCUACGAUGGCAGGAACGGCUAUAUCUUUAGUGAACCAGUGACCUAUAUUGACAACGCCAAGGCGUCCAUCCGCUUUUCACAAAAGACAAUCAAGUUGGCCCCCGGCAAAAGUGCUACCAUCAAAGUGACAUUGACGCCCCCAAAGACCAAUCCCGAUGAUCACAUCAUGUACGGUGGCUAUAUUCAAUUCAAGAGCCAAGUCCCAAACAACAAGGAUCUCACUGUACCCUAUUUUGGUAUCGUUGGUGAGCAGCACAAAUUACCUAUCUUCAUGCCUGGAUCCCCUGUGGUGAGCGAUGCCUCUGGUUCUCGAUGGUACAAGAACAAGGAUGACGUUUUCGUCUUUGAUACAAGAAGCGGCAACAUCCCAUACUUUGUAUAUGGAUUCCAGACACCAACAGCACAUGUAAAGGCCACAUUGUAUACGGAGGAUGGUCGUCAAGCAUUGGGCAAUGUUCAACCUGGCAUGGAUUACCUUGGUCGUACAACUCUUACUGAACCUUACAGCUCCACAUUUUGGGAUGGCACCUUCCAGCCUACUGCAAGUGGUUCAUCCGAGUUUCCUGUUACCCGUCGUGUACCAAGGGGAAGAUAUCGCAUUGGAUGGAAGGCUCUGAGGUUGCUAGGAGACCGUAACAACAGCAACGACUGGGAGUCUUGGAUGUCUUGCAUUAUUCAAGUUGUCUAA